UCUCAUUCCUUCACAUAAAAGUUCUCAAUCAUAUUAUUCAAAGAGAAAGGUGGAGAAAAAAAAAAAAAUGAAGGACACCAACUCAAAGCCAUGGAGGCCAUUGACAGCAAACUGUUGCACGGUUGAAGACCAUGUCAUCUUCGGGAAUUUCAGCCGGUGUCGCCCGUCAAGGUCGGAAUUCUCAAAGAACAUCGCCCCGAUGCCCUCCUUCCGGAGGCUAUCUUUCUCGGAUCUUAGCCGGUCUUCGUCGGCUCGAAUAAACGAAGAUAUUGCACAGUCAUUUGGACCCGACUUGUACGACUUUCAGCUCAGCGAGUUACGCGCCAUAACGCAUAACUUCUCGAGCAAUUUCUUGCUCGGAGAGGGCGGUUUCGGAAAAGUCCACAAGGGCUACAUUGAUGACAAUCUUAGGCCAGGGUUAAAAGCUCAAGCUGUUGCUAUCAAGCUUCUUGACAUUGAAGGCCUUCAAGGACACCGUGAAUGGCUUGUAAGCAUGUUUCUACAAAUUUUUUUUACGUUUUCCAUUUCGAAAUGAAUGUCCAGUUUCGAACCUUUUGCACUAAAAGAGGAGUAAAAAAAAAAUAAAAAUAGUACAGUCAUUUUGUACGCGAUUUCUCCGAUUAUAUAUAUUAGCUAUACCUAUAUUUUUCGCAAACGAUUUGAAAAAUUUCUUUGGACCGGUGCUGAUUUUGAAUAAGAAUACUUUAUUAUUAUUAUGAAACAAGAAAGGAGAUAUUUUAAGAUUACUGUAAUUUUGCUCCCUUUCCAAUGGUAAUAAGUUAUAUAAAGUGAAACUUACGAUAGAACAACAAACUAAUUAGUUAUUAAUAAUCUCUUAAAAAGGCGGAAGUGAUUUUUCUUGGGCAAUUGAGGCACCCAAACUUGGUAAAAUUAAUUGGCUACUGCUGUGAAGAUGAAGAGAGGCUGCUUGUAUACGAGUUCAUGCCUCGUGGCAGCUUAGAAAACCAUUUAUUCAAGAGUAAGUAGUUUAAACCUAUUCUCUCUCUUCUUCUUCCUUUUUUUUUUGUGUGUGCUUGUGUGCGCUUUUAUUUUAUUUUCUUUUCGUUCUAUGUUAUAAUUCACUUCUGAACAUGAUUUUAGGACUGUCAGUUUCGUUACCUUGGAACACUAGGUUGAAGAUUGCAAUUGGUGCAGCAAAAGGGCUUGCAUUUUUACAUGGUGCCGAGAAGCCAGUCAUAUAUCGUGACUUUAAAACUUCAAACAUCCUCUUAGAUUCGGAGUUCAAUGCAAAGUUGUCAGAUUUCGGGCUGGCCACAAUGGGACCUGAAGGAUCAAACACCCAUGUCACUACUCGUGUAAUGGGCACUUAUGGAUAUGCUGCUCCUGAAUAUGUCAGCACAGGACACUUAACAACGAAAAGUGACAUUUAUAGUUUCGGAGUAGUACUGCUAGAACUGCUAACUGGAAGAAGGGCGAUGGAUAAGACGAGGGCCAAGACCGAGCAAAGUCUUGUGGAUUGGGCAAAGCCCUACUUGAGUAGCAGCCGGAGGCUACGUUGCAUUAUUGAUCCUAGGCUUUCAGGGCAAUACUCGGUUAAGGGAGCUAAAGAAAUGGCACAUUUGGCACUUCAAUGUGUUAGUAUGAACCCUCGAGACAGACCAAAGAUGCCAUCAAUUAUUGAGACUCUUGAAAGCCUUCAAAAUUUGAAGGACAUGGCUAUCAGUGUUGGACAAUGGCCUGAUCAGUCUCCAAAAUCUCAAAAGUAUGCUACAGUCAAAGGUGUUAAAGGUCAGGGGAUUUUCCUUACCAGAUCAGCUAUGGUCGCCAGUGCAAAGCCUUAAUAUUGCAAGCCGUAAGAGUUGAAUUACUUAAUCAUGUAGAUAUACUGAGUGCAAGCACAUGAAGCAUAGCUGUCCAACCUCUUGUAUAUAUGUGAACGGUAAUUGUUUUCUAUGAAAGAUAUAAAAUUUAUAUGCAUG